GCCCGUUUCCUUCCGUCGCGUCCGCCUCAGUAAAACCCCAUUUCUUUCCUCAUAUUCCCUUCUCUCCCCGUGACCGUACAACUACCCUCUUUUUCUCUCUCUUUCUGAAAUAUCACUUUUUCUGUGUCUUCCAUCUAGGGUUUAUAUCCUCACCAAAACCCUAAACUUUUAUUUAUUUAUUAUAUUUAAUUAGGUAAUUGUUAAUAGUAGUAGUGAUAGCAAAUAGAUUAAAAAAAUGGAUAGUGCAAUCACUGAUGGAGGUGGAGAUGCUUCAACUAGCAGUGGAGGUGGAGGAGGACAACAAUUACCUGCUGUUUCGCCGGUUCCGAUAUCAACAGCGUCGAAUGCACCGCCCCCGUUCUUAAGCAAAACGUACGACAUGGUUGAUGACCCAGCAACGGAUGCUGUAGUGUCUUGGAGUCCGACAAACAAUAGCUUUGUUGUGUGGAACCCGCCGGAAUUCGCUCGUGACCUCUUACCCAAGUAUUUCAAGCACAACAACUUCUCCAGCUUCGUCAGGCAGCUCAACACCUAUGGUUUCCGGAAGGUUGAUCCAGACCGCUGGGAAUUUGCCAAUGAAGGAUUCUUGAGGGGUCAAAAACACCUUCUUAAGAGUAUAAGCCGGCGGAAACCUGCCCAUGGACAUGGUCAUCAACAGGCACAACAACCACACGGACAGAGUUCAUCUGUGGGUGCGUGUGUUGAGGUUGGGAAAUUUGGGCUGGAGGAAGAAGUUGAGAGGCUAAAGAGGGACAAGAAUGUGCUUAUGCAAGAACUUGUUAGGCUGAGGCAGCAACAGCAGACUACUGAUAGUCAAUUGCAAACCAUGGUGCAGCGGCUUCAAGGCAUGGAGCAGCGGCAGCAACAGAUGAUGUCAUUCCUAGCUAAAGCUAUGCAGAGCCCUGGUUUCUUCGCUCAGUUUGUACAGCAACAAAAUGAAAGCAAUAGGCGCAUAACAGAAGCUAAUAAAAAACGAAGGCUCAAGCAAGAUGGUAUUCCUGAGAAUGAGAGUUCUACUUCGCCUGAUGGUCAGAUUGUGAAGUAUCAACCUCUCGUGAAUGAGGCAGCAAAAGCGAUACUGAGGCAAAUCAUGAAAAGCAAUGCUGAGGCAACCUCUUAUAACAAUGGUCUCGAAGGUUUCCUGAUUGGCAGCGAUUCACCAACAUCCAGCAGAAUGGAGAGUGGGGGCUCUUCAAAUCGUAUAUCAGGAGUAACUCUUCAAGAAGUGCCACCAACUUCUGGCCAGUCGACUUAUUUACCGGCAGCUUCAGGGCAAACAGCGCAUGGCCCAACAACUUCCAUCUCAGAAAUGAAAUCCUCCCUGUGCAUAGAUGGUUCUAAGAAGUUAACAGCUUCUCAAUUUCCAGAUAUAAGUGCACUGGUUGGGUCAGAAGAGGCACCGUCCAUUUCUAUUCCUCAGUCAGAUGUAGUCAUGCCUCCACUCUCUCAAAUACCAGAUAUGGCACCAGAAAGUAUAGUUGAUGAAGAUUAUAUGCAACCUGAGAGUGGCGAUGAUGAAUUUAUGGAUCUGACUUCACUAGGAAUUGGCAAUCCCGAUACCGAUAUUGAUAUAUUGCUGGAAAAUUCAAGCUUCUGGGAUGAACUUGUGCAAAGUCCAGUGCCAGAGGAUAUUGAGUCGAGCUCCGUGGAUGUUCAAACAAAGGAAAAUGACGUGAGGCCAAUGGACAAUGGGUGGAAUAAUACGCAGCGCAUGGAUCAGCUUACGGAACAAAUGGGGCUACUAACAUCAGAAACUAAAAAGCUUUGAUCUUGUUUACCAAUGUACAUUUGUUGCACCCUGCGCUAGGUAAAACACCUAGAUAAACGUUUAGCCCUUAAAAUCAUAGAUUUUGUAACUGUUUGGCCACUGGAAAAACAGUAAAUACCUUUUGUACUUGUUUACUCAUGGUUUUCUUUCUGCUUAUACGAGGACUCAAAUUAAUUCC